CGGGGUUGAUAUUGGGGUGUCAAAAACUAAAAUAUAUAUGUAUAUGAUCUCGGGAACAUAGCCUAUCGAAUUCUCCAUCCGAACAUCCGAAAUCACCGAAAAAUCGUUAAGAUAUGACCGACGAUCUGUCAACUACCGUCCAAUUGAGCGUUCGGCUCAAUGAUUGCAACAAAAAAUCUACCUUGAUGAGCUUCUUCGAGGACAUUGGGCGCAACAACGCACAGUUGAGCCACCUCCGAACGGCACUCGCACAACUUCCACAUAGUAUCCCCCUCGGAAACUCCAAAUAUAAUUUUGAGCACUAUGCUCCAGAUCCGGAGAGGGUCGAACUCUAUGGCAGUACCGAAGCCGCACUGAAUAAUGUGCUCGAGGUCACAUUUGCACCCAGAGGCCAGAAGGAUGAGUCGGCACCGUGUCUGUUCGAGUUUCAAGAGCGUGGGCCAGGUCUUGUUGCAGUCGUUGAUGUCCUAACGGCUGCGGACUCUAAUUCAGACUCGGAGGACAAUUGGUUGGAGGAGAGCGAGGACCCAGAGAUUGAGCGUGAUCCAAUGUACAGGUCUUGUGAUACGAGAGUACUUGUGGGUAGCGAGGAUGCUCAUCUUGAUGCUCCUCGAUUGUUGGACUUACUAUCAGAGAAGACGGUGGAAGGGGCAAGCAGGACACCUCAACUACAGGAUAGCACAGUUCCAACGCCUCCGGGAGGGCCUGUACAGUGGGCAUUUGCAUUACCAUAGUGAAAAAAUGUCAAAAUGACCUGAAAAAACGCAUUUUUUGAGUCUGUCAAAAACUGGUCAAAAACUAGUUUUCAACUCGUGUCAAAAACCCCUCGAGGGUGGGGGUGAGUUAAAAACUCCGUGGGUAGUUUUUCACGGAGCCCUA